GCAGUACUGUUCGUGAGUAUGGAGUAGUGGAGAUGAGAGAGGGUGAGCAGCACACUGCAGGUCCCAGCGGUGAGCACAACCACAGUGUAGUGCUCAAUUACAACGCUCGCCUGGCAGCCACUGUCAGCAAGGUCAUCACGGAAGGUGGUCUCUGUGUCACACUUGGGGGAGACCACUCCAUAGGCAUCGGUACAGUCAGUGGUCACAGUCAAGCCAAUCCUCAUAACCAGGUAGUGUUGCUAUGGGUGGACGCUCACGCUGACCUCAACACUGGAUCAACGUCUCCUAGUGGCAACAUGCAUGGGAUGCCAGUGGCUUACCACUUGAAGGAGCUAGCUAGACGGGGUGUCAACCGCUUGCCUAACAGCUGGCCUCAACCACGGUUGUCAGCCAGACACUUGGCUUACAUCGGCCUUCGUGACCUCGAUGAUGGAGAAGUGAAGUUCCUAGAGGAGUUGGGAAUCCUGGCGUUUGGGAUGAGAGAUUUGGACGCAGUUGGCCUCAACAACGCCAUCUGUCGCUGCCUGGAUCACUUGCAACCUGGUGCCUCCCGGCCUCUCCACCUUUCCUUCGACAUAGAUUCUCUGGACCCCCUCGAAGCUCCUAGUACUGGCACUCCAGUACGAGGUGGUCUGAGCCUGCGGGAAGGUCUGCAGAUCACGGAAGCUGUAAGAGAGACUGGUCACCUGCGAUGUAUGGAUAUUGUGGAAGUGAACCCUCAUCUUGGCAACCCAGAUGAUGCUGUCCUCACAGCUAAUGCUGCUAGACUCAUCCUCCUCAGUGCUUUACAUGGCUACAGGGGAGCAUAGUAAUUGAUCUACAUGGCUACAGUGGAACACAGUAACUGUGAUCUACAUGGCUACAGUGGAACACAGUAACUCUGAUCUACACGGCUACAGUGGAACAUAGUAACUGUGAUCUACACGGCUACAGUGGAACACAGUAACUGUGAGCUAUACGGCUAGUGGAACACAGUAACUGUGAUCUACACAACUACAGUGGAACACAGUAACUGUGAUUUACACAACUACAGUGGAACAUAGUAACUGAUCUACACGGCUACAAUACAGCAGAAUAAGCAGUAAAUUUUGAGGUUACGAUGUUUCAUAGCGUCAUAUGUAUCUUUGGCGCUGCUAUAAACCCCUGUAAUCUAGAAAAUAUACUGCUUGCUAUGCUUCAUUGUAUCAGUAUAGAUCACGAUUCGAAUGACAACCAUAGUGGGAUCUGAUAUUAUGUAUGUGGUAGGAGAAAAUUCUCAAACAGCUUCAGGGAGACCCUCGAGUUUUUCCUGAAGCAAGUUUAUUCUUUUCUCCGAGGAUGAGGGUUCCCAGGAAAGUUCUAGAGGUGGUACCUCCC